AGAGACUGGAAGCGAGCUUUACGCAUGGAGUCUGAUUUCAUCAUGCGUUUACGACGAAGGAAAUACAUUACUGGAAUCUGCAAGCGGCAACACAGGUCUCCUAAAUCUUCGCCACAUAUCUCCCAACCGUUGCAGCCAUCUGUACUUGACGCAACAAUGUGUCACGACAUAUCUCAAGUCUUUGUACCGCUUAUCGAGCUAGGGGUCUGCCCUGCGUGUAGCACCAAACGUGCCAAGUAUCGUUGCAUCAAAUGUGGUGAACGUGCGUAUUGCUCGAAGGAAUGCCAAGUACAGGAAUGGCCGAAACAUAAACUCGAAUGUGGAAAGACGGAACGCAUAGACCUCGAACAGUUUUAUCCGGCUCUAGCAUGGAUGUACAGCCUCGGCCGUCUUCCGGGUGGCAGACCUAUGCAGGUAGCACUUCAACACAAAAUCAUUAACGACCCUAAUGCCAACACACCUCCCACACGUCUUCAAGAUGGUAUCGAGGCCAAAGUGGUCGAAAUCGAUGACACUCAUCCUCCGAGUAUAUUCCUCGAUAGUUUGACAUGGUUUCCCCGCGCAGCCAAUGAGAACGUGGCCGAUACGAUGCACCGGCGUGUUCUCAACGAUGAAGGUAGCCAUCUCUUAACCAGCGUCGCGGCCGUCGCCACUGCGAUCCUAGUGGAGAUAUACACCACUAGUUCCGGUUCAGGGUCCAAAUCUUCCAAUGAGAGAAGAUUGAGAUUUAAAUACCGUUCAUCACCUAUCGUUGACUUCGGUAUUGCCACUGGGUCUCUCGAGGUCAAGCCUCAAGACAGGAUUGCGUAGCAAAGGAAAUCCGAUGGCUCCAUCAUUCAAAGCCAAGACCCUAAAGAGCACUAUUGGUUGUACUUCAUUAACGGACAGGGUCACGAAGUCAUUCUGGAUUGUGGUCUUUAUGCAUUCAAUUGUUUCCGUAUCGUGCAAAGCGAUCCGUACGUUACUCCUGGCAUGCCCAAUGCUCAUUAUCCCGGUCCCGUGCCCGCCUUCUUCUACGAUGAUGAUUUCGAAGUGAAUGGUCCUCCCCUACCUCCCCGUACGGAAAGCAAACGGAUGUCUAUACUUCGAGAUCCCCAGUUAGGAGAAGCCGUCAAGGCCUUCGCAAACGUGCAUGAUAAACCAAAUUCUAUCACUCAGGCCGACCUGAGACCUUUUUACACGUACAUGGAAGGUCUUUCAGGCCGGGCUCUUGGAGAUAUAGACAGAGGUAUCUUUCACGUUACAAGUCG